AUGGCACUUCAGAAGUACAUUCCUUUGCGCAAUACACCACCUGCCAACAGUAUGAAGCCCUUGAGCUUUCCUGGCAAGGGUUAUGAGAAAGCUCAUCUGCCAGAUACUGUCACUCGAUGUACUUCAGAGCAAGAUGUUGAUAUUGACCUUAGGGAAGUUUAUUUUUUAAUCAUGCAUUUUCUCUCUACUGGUCCAUGCCAGAGAACUUAUGACCAGCUAUGGAAUGAACUUCUAGAGAAUCAACUUUUACCCAGAAGGUACCAUGCUUGGUAUUCUAGGAGUGGAGUGCAUAGCAUGAAAGAAAAUGAUGAUGGUCUAUCGUUUCCUCUAAGUUAUGGUGAUUUGGCAGAGAGGUACAAGCACAUUGAGAAGGACCAUCUGGUGAACCUCUUGAAACAGCUUUUACUCAACACAGCAUCAUCUACACAAGGCUUGUUUGGCGAAAAUUCUCUGAAUGCUUCUGCUGUUCCUACUCUUCUGGGAACUGGAUCCUUUUCGCUUAUGAGCCAUGAGAGAGAUAAGGGAUAUGCUCAAGCCAAGUGUCCUGGUCACAUGCGAUGGCCUCACAUGCUUGCUGAUCAGGUCCGUGGUCUAAGUUUGAGGGAAAUUGGAGGCGGCUUUACAAGACACCACCGUGCACCUGCUAUUCGUGCUGCUAGUUAUGCUAUUGCAAAGCCAUCAACAAUGGUGCAGAAAAUGCAGAACAUUAAAAGGUUGCGGGGCCAUCGGAACGCAGUGUAUUGUGCAAUAUUUGAUCGAUUAGGAAGAUAUGUGAUUACUGGUUCAGAUGAUCGCCUUGUCAAAAUUUGGUCUAUGGAAACUGCAUUCUGUUUAGCCAGCUGCCGUGGACACGAAGGGGAUAUUACGGACUUGGCAGUCAGUUCCAACAAUGUGUUGGUGGCAUCUUCAUCUAAUGAUUUUGUAAUUCGCAUUUGGCGUCUACCAGAUGGAUUGCCAAUAUCAAUUUUGCGUGGCCAUACUGGAGCUGUUACUGCCAUUGCAUUUAGUCCUAGGCCUGGAUCUGUUUACCAGCUUCUAUCGUCUUCUGAUGACGGCACAUGUAGGAUAUGGGAUUCUAGGUCAUCCGUAAUCAGUCCACGAGUGUAUGCCCCCAGGCCGUCAGAUUCUGCAGCUGGAAAGAACAAUGGUCCUUCAUCAAGCACUAAUCCACCAAUCCAUCAGAUCUUUUGCUGUUCAUUUAAUGCUAGUGGAACUGUAUUCGUCACUGGUAGCUCUGAUAAUUUUGCCAGGGUGUGGAAUGCUUGUAAACCCAACACGGACGAUUCGGACCAACCCAUUCAUGAGAUGGACGUAUUGGCUGGCCAUGAGAAUGAUGUUAAUUAUGUUCAAUUUAGUGGUUGUGCAGUGGCUUCUGGGUUUUCUCUAACUGACUUUUCAAAGGAAGAGAAUAUUCCUAAAUUUAGAAACUCAUGGUUUUCCCAAGACAACAUUGUGACCUGUUCUCGAGAUGGCAGUGCAAUAAUUUGGAUUCCAAGAUCUCGUAGAUAUCAUGGAAAAGCUGGCCGCUGGACACGAGCAUAUCACCUUAAAGUCCCUCCUCCCCCAAUGCCUCCUCAGCCAGCACGAGGAGGCCCACGACAGAGAAUGCUUCCUACACCACGUGGUGUAAACAUGAUUGUGUGGAGCCUUGAUAAUCGUUUUGUCCUCGCUGCUAUCAUGGAUUGCAGAAUAUGCGUGUGGAAUGCAUCUGAUGGUAGCUUGGUACAUUCAUUGACUGGUCACACUGAUUCUACAUAUGUGCUGGAUGUUCACCCUUUCAACCCGCGCAUUGCGAUGAGUGCUGGCUAUGAUGGAAGGACUAUAGUUUGGGAUAUCUGGGAGGGCAAGCCAAUCCGAACAUAUGAAAUUUCACACUUCAAGUUAGUUGAUGGGAAGUUUUCUCCGGAUGGAACUUCCAUUAUACUUUCGGAUGAUGUUGGUCAAUUGUAUAUACUAAACACGGGUCAAGGCGAGUCCCAAAAGGAUUCCAAGUAUGACCAGUUCUUCCUUGGUGAUUAUCGGCCCCUGAUUCAAGAUACUUACGGAAAUGUGGUUGAUCAGGAAACUCAGUUGGUACCAUACAGGCGAAAUAUGCAGGAUCUUCUGUGCGACUCAGGCAUGAUCCCUUAUGAAGAACCGUACCAGAGCAUUUACCAAAAGAGGCGAUUAGGAGCUCUGGGCUUGGAGUGGAAACCAUCACUUGUGAAAUUUGCCAUUGGGCCCGACUUCAGUCUCGACCCAGAUUACCAUAUAUUACCCUUGGCUGACUUGGAUCUGCCCAUGGAGCCACUUCCUGAAUUUGUUGAUGUUAUCGAUUGGGAACCAGUACACCAAAUGCAGAGCGACGAUGCUGAUUCUGAGUACAAUGUCCCUGAUGAAUAUUCUUCUGGAGGCGAGCAGGGGAGUUUGAAUUCUUUCUCCUCUGGAGAUCCAGAAUGUAGUUCAGAUGACAGUAUGGAUGAGUGCAGAGAUGAUUUCCGUCAGUCCAAGAAGAAAAAACACCGGGCUGAAAUUGAGGUGACGACUUCUUCUGGAAGACGUAUCAAGAGGAGGAAUUUGGAUGCUUGUGAUGUAAAUACAUUGAGAAUCAGCCGUAGUAGUAGGAAACCACACAUUGUCCGCAAAACUAAGAAGAAAAAGUCCUCCAAAUCUAAUGCAUUGAUGAGACCUCAAAGAAAGCAAAGAGCUGCCGCUCAGCAGGCUCGUGACUUGUUAAUCAAGGUAACAGCUGAAGAUGCCGACGAAGAUGAAGAAUAUUUAUCUACUGGCGAUGCAUCGGAUGGUGAGUCAACUGAGCAUUCCGACAUGGAGAGUGAUGAAUCAGAAAUGUCAUUGAGGAGCGAUCGCAUGAGGUACUUAAAAGGGAAGGCUUUGGCUGUGUCUGAAGAUAGACCUCCUAAGGUUCACGAAUCUCAUCCAAAUAUUGCAAUCAGGAAGAAAUUGGUUCUUAAAUUUCCAGUUCGUGAUUCUAGUAAGAUUACGGUGAUGCCAGAGAAUGGUGAUUAUGUCGGAUCAACAUCUUAUGCCCCAGAGAAAGCCAUGGAGGUCAACAACACUCGUGUAAGCUCUCUAGUUCCAGGGUACUCUUCUGAUGAAGAACAGACAAACUAUCAUGACUGUGCCCAGGCUGAAAAUCUUAAGAAUGGGGAUAUCAGGUGGGGAGGUGCCAAGGCUCGUUCGUCCAAGCGUCAAAGAUUGGGUGAAACCUCAUCAUUACCUCCACCUACCAAAUGCAUAUUGCGUCUACCCAAUAUCAAAGAAAAAGACACCAGUACUGUUAAUGGGUACCUGAGCACUCCUGAGAACCAUGAAGAUAAGACUGACGACUUGUCACCAGUGGUUGGUCAAAACAUUGAAUUUGAUUCAUCUGAGGUAUCAAAUAAUGGGCUCAACCAGGACCAGCCAAUCGUCGUCACAAAUGGAAACAAUGAUGAAGUGCCAGGUGUUGCUCACUUCGAAAAUGAUAAUCUGCUGGAACUCAAAGAGAGCAGUCUGCCUGCCCCAACAAGGUUACGAAUAAAGUUGAAACCUUUGACGAUGGCGUCACCUGGAAGGCCUGCGGAGAUAAAGCAGGACCCAGACCUGGUAGAAGCCAAUGGUAGAACGAGUUCAGAAUAUUAUGACGGUGUUGCAGUCCAGGGGUCAGGUGAUCAUGCUGACGAGAAUUCUGCACCGACAUUGGAUGAUUCAUCAGCAGGUGCUGAUUCACGCCCUAAAAGGAUGUAUACUGCCGUUUAUAGAAGAUCAAAGUCAGUUAGGAAUAGAGCUAACUCGGAAUGUGACAGUGGCAUGAAAGAGAGUACAUCAAACCCCAGUGAUGAUGUCAGCGGUAGUAGAACGGAGAUGCUUACCAACGGAGUCCGUAGGACACGAUCCAUGGGAAUAAUAAUUGCGAAAGAAGACCCCAAGAUUUUGCAGAGUGAUGAGCAUGAGUUGGAGAAUGCAUAUAGAGAUUCCUCCAAUGAUCCUAUUGACAGGCGGCAAAUGCCAUCUCAAGAAUGGGGUUCGAGCGCCAGGUCAACCGUCAGAGUCAGAUCUGCUAGGAAUAGGAGAACCGAUUACAGUUUUCAUGAGACAGUUCAGCAAUCAGCUGAGCCAGUAUCUUGGUUAGUGCUGCCAAAGCACGAGGAAGGAUCUCGCUAUAUCCCUCAACUAGGUGAUGAAAUAGCAUAUUUGAGACAGGGCCAUCAGGAGUACAUGGAAGGUUCUCGAACAAAAGAGGUUGGGCCAUGGAAGAAUGUAAAAGGGGGAUUUAUUAAGGCAGUUGAGUUUUGCAGAGUUGAAAGCCUAGAUUACGCCACGCUACCUGGUUCUGGGGAUAGUUGCUGUAAACUGAUGCUUAGAUUUGUAGAUCCAACAUCUGAUGUCUAUAACAAAACAUUCAGAUUGACUCUCCCUGAACUUACAGCCUUCCCUGAUUUCCUUGUCGAAAGAAGUAGAUAUGAGGCUUCUUUGCAGAGGAAUUGGACGAAAAGAGAUAGGUGUAAGGUAUGGUGGAAUGACAAUGAAGUACAAGGCCAAUGGUGGGAUGGCCGGAUCCUUGGUGUACAGCCGAAAUCGUCUGAAUUUCCCGACAGCCCAUGGGAGAGAUAUACCAUAAGGUACAAGGACGACCCUCAUGGGAACCAUCUCCACAGUCCCUGGGAGCUUUCAGAAAGUAAAGGAGAUGAUAUUCAAUGGGAGCAGCCCCAUAUUGAUGAUGAGACAACAGUUGGCCUGCUGUCUGCCUUGGAAGAAUUGGAGCGACCAGGGAAUAAAGCAAAGGAUCAAUACGGUGUUCGAAAGUUAAGUGAGAUAGCGCAGAAAUCCAACUUCAUAAACAGGUUUCCAGUUCCCAUUUCUCUCGAUUUAAUCAAGGCAAGGUUGGAAAACAACUAUUACCGAAGUUUGGAGGCAUUUCAGCAUGACAUUGAAGUCAUGUUAUCAAAUGCCAAAUUAUACAUUGGAAAGAAUCCAGAGUACUCCAAAAAAAUGAAUCGCCUUUCAGACCGGCUAAGGAAGGCAUUAGGGUAG